AUGUUGAAGCUCUUCUCAGUUUCUGCCAGAUCCUCUCGUUUUCUUUGUACUUCAUCGGUUCGUAACGGUCCAAUUCAAAAUGUAACAAUCGUUGGAUCAGGAUUAAUGGGUUCAGGAAUCGCCCAGGUUUGUCUGGACUUUGUACCCUACCUUUAUCUUGAUUUAGGUGUCGGCACAAGCAAAGUUAAAUGUUGUUUUGGUGGAUCAAAAUGAAAAGAUUCUUGAUGCAGCUCAAAAAAGAAUUCAGAAGUCUUUACAAAGGGUAGCUAAGAAGAAGUUUGCCGACAACGAAGCAGAGGCAACAAAGUUUGUGGAUGAAACUUUGAGCAGGAUCAAAGUGAACUCAGAUUUGAAUACUGCCGUCCAGAAAUCUGACCUUGUGAUUGAAGCCAUCGUUGAGAACAUUGCUGCCAAACAGAAGUUGUUUAGCCAAGUGGAGCAAAGUGCUAAGAGGUAAGUUUUGUAAACAAAUCGGUCUUUAUAUGUGUAACACUCUAUUCUGAUGUAAAAUUGCGUUUAGUGAUGUUAUCUUGGCGACCAACACGUCUUCCCUUCGUCUCGCUGACAUCGGUGAAAACAUCAAAAACCAGGCCAAUUUUGGCGGUCUCCAUUUCUUCAACCCCGUUCCAGUUAUGAAGUUAUUGGAGGUCGUGAGACACGACAAGACCUCCGACCAGACAUUUAAAGAUCUCGAAGCCUUCGGGAAAACGGUUGGAAAGGUUACUGUAGCAUGCAAGGACACCCCCGGAUUCAUCGUCAACAGACUCCUUGUCCCUUACAUGUACGAGGCCUUAAGGUUAGCUGAAAGAGGUGAUGCUUCGGUCAAGGAUAUUGACGUGGCCAUGAAAUUGGGAGCUGGUUAUCCCAUGGGACCUUUCGAAUUGGCUGAUUAUGUUGGUCUGGAUACAUUGAAGUUCAUCCAAGACGGCUGGGCCAAACAAUAUCCCAAUGAUCCGCUUUUCAAACCGUCUACGCUGUUGGAGAAGUUGGUAGCCGAAGGAAAAUUAGGAGCAAAAUCUGGAGAAGGAUUCUAUAAAUAUAAGAACUAG